CUUGAUUGGUUUGCGCUCCACUUGGGUGGAUAGCUGCGGGGUUUGAAUGGUUUGGUUGGGAGCUGCAUAAGAUAUUCUUAUUUUAUGUAUUUUCGCUUUUGUGCUAGUGUUUUGCUUUUUAGUGACUAAUGAACUAAUGAUCAUGUCAGGUAAAAUAAACUCAUUGAAAAAAAUAAUAAUUAGCUUACGUGUUCAAUUGCAAUUGACUAACGAACUUAUGUGAUUUCUUGUCAUGAAUCAAAGAUAUUCAUUGUAAUUUAUUGUGAUAUUGUACAGCUUAAAUUUUGUAAACCCAUCUGAAUCAGACUUUUUAAAUUUGCCAAUUCGAUGAUUACACCAUUGGGUGAUAUGGAUGAGGAAUUUGAUGAAGGGGUUGUUGCAGAUCACCAUCGCACACAUGAAGGUUUCGGUGACCCAGGAUGUCAUCAGUACCAGAGUUUUGACAAGUCCGGACCAAACUGGGUUAAUAUGCUCAGGCAACAAGGCGCUUCAGUUGAUGCAACUAGUCCUCAAACUUCACACCUCAGUCCGGAGGUACACAGUAUAUCAGAUUUAACUUCCUUUGACUAUGGACAACGUCUACCAUCUUUAGAAGGCAGUUCAAGUGCUCCAAUCAGUAAAGGAACACCUAAUAUGGCUCCACAUUCAGUUUUUGCAUGGCAGCCCUUUGGAAGUACAUCAGUUCACAACCAACCACAAGCUUCUUCCUUUCACGGACAACCCGCACAUUUAAUUCCAUUGAUCCCAGGUUCAACUGCUACUUAUAGUGGUAUGGUUAGCUCUUCUCCUGCUAGUUCAAUGCCGACAACUACUGAUUUAAUGGAUUGUCAUCAGAAAACUAAUUCACACUAUGCAUAUUCUACCAAUUAUUCCAGCUCCUCUACAUCAAAUAAAUCUCGUUCUAUCGUAUUAAGUCCUGCCACUCAAUCUGGAUGCUGUCCUUCCGAUGUACAGAAUAUACGUUUAGGAAUGCUUUUACCCAAUUCUCAUUCCCCAACUACUGCUCCAGUACCAAUCUAUGCACCUUCACUUUCAUCCACUACCACUUCUAGUUCAGCACCCCAUCAAGCCUUUUGUUCUCCGAAUAGCUCUUCAAGUUCGAAUCUAUUUAGUACACCUCCAGUAUUGUCUAAUCACCCAGUUCAAGAUCCUGCUAAAGCUGUCAGUCAAAAGCAACGUUCAAAAAAGGAGAGUCAUAACAGAAUUGAACGGAAGCGAAGAGAUUAUAUUAACUCACAAAUCGUCUAUCUCAGUAGCUUACUCCCACCGGAACUGUAUCGAGAUGUAGAUGGUCGACGAAAUAAAGGUAGUGUGCUCCGACUUUCAGUUAGUUACAUUAUGGAGUUACGUGAAGCUGUUUCAAGAAUGGAAAGUCUUAAACAAGAAAAUACGAUAGCACGCCAACUAAUCCCCCUCCUUUUACAACGUAUUGAGAGCCUUGAGAAAAUGACCUCGGAACCUAGUGGUGAUCUAAAAUCUAGUGAACAGUUACAUCACUCCUCAUCUGCCAAUUCAUUGAGAAAUUUACAGUCACUUGAAGCUGUUUAUCAGUCAUGGCUUUUAUUAAAUGAAGCAAAUCAACGUGGUUCUAAUAGUAGUGGAAAUACACCGAAUUUGUCCACAUCUGUUUCACGACACUCAAUGCAUCCUGCACAUACAAAUGCAAGUGAUAGUCGAUAUUUACAUGAAUUAAUGAUGCAAAAUGAAACUCCAGCUGAUCUUGAUUUCAGCGGUUCCAAAUUACACCCAGUCCAAUCAAGACACAAUGUCAAUAUAAAAAGAGAACAUGGUGAAGAAGAAGAAAGAACAGAUGAUUGUGGUUCAUUAUGUAACAAAUCAGAUACUCGACGUCCAGGAUGCUCGUCUCGAUCAAGCUUUACUGAUCAUCCAACAUCAGAGAAGAUUGAGGAAGAAGUGGCGUCACAAGAUGGAAGCUUUGAUAGUAGACCUAAUUCUGCAUAUGAGUGCUAUCCACAUAAUCUACCAAGAACUCCACAGUCAAGUGUUUUCCUGCAGAACCACUGAUCAUCAUCCUACUUCUGUUUUGUUCAUUUUUGUUCAACUUAUUUUUAUUCGGUAGAAGAAAAUGUCACUGUUCUGAAUGAAUCUCUAGCUCGUUACUACCAUUAUUAUUAUUAUCAUUGCAAGUUAGCGAUGAUACUAUUCAAUAUUGAGAAUUUUCUCCAUCUCCUUACACCUCCCCUGUCUCUGCGUGUGUGUGUAUAUCCAUCAAUUGUUGCCUUAUUUCACCUCUUAAAUUAUUUUCAUUUCACAUUUGGAGUUAUUUUUUGUUUUGUUACAUUAUUUUUGAUGAUUAUUGCCGUUCCCCUCUUUUUUAUUUAAAAAAAAUCAAAUCAGAGUAAAUAAAUAAUGUUCAAAUCAAUUAACUGGAAUAUUCUACAUAGAUACUUAUUGAAUGUAAAUCUAGAUUAACAAAGAUUAUAGUGUACACAGAUUAUUUACACUUCAGAUGUUAGAUUAUUCCGUUUUGUUUUUCGUUUUCUUUUCUCAUUUAUUACUACCUGUUACAUUACAUACGAUCCAUUAUCUUUCGUUUCCUUUAAAUGAUUAGUUUGUCUGUGUUCUUGUUCUAUCCACACUAGUGCGUACUAUUUGAUGAUAAAGAAAAAAAGGCAUAAUAUUCAUAUUGUAUUAUCAUGAAUAAAAUAUUUUUUAUUUUUAGUUAAAUUUUCUUGCUUUGCCUGGCCUCUCUCCAACCUCCCAUUAUAUUAUUAUUUAUCUAUAAAUUGAUGUAAUUCAUUUAUUUAUAAAAUGAAAUUUCAAUAAAAUAGUGCUUUUGACAAUAUUAUUAUUCAGAGAGUUUGCUUUUGGUUUGUUUUCCCCUUGAUAUAUUUUGUUUUUGGUGUGAUUAUUAUUAUUAUGUUGGGCUGUAUUGGAUUUUGUUUAUUAAAAUGUUCGUUGUUAUUAUUGUUUUGUUUACUCUUUGAUUUCUUUGCUUUUUAUUUGCCCAUAAGCGCCAAACUAACUUCUAUUAUUAUUGUUCACUUUCAAUUGAAAUUUUCAGUUUAUUAUUUACUAUUUCUUUUUCUCUUUUAUGAAUGUAUAAAUGCCUAUUGACUGUACAUGCACUUCUAUGCAUAGACAAUAUAU